AAAAACAAUAAAUGAAAGUAAAUAAUGACAAGGCUAUAUAAAAAGGGAAGUAGGAUUGAGCAUUGUUGUUUGUGGUAAAUAAGAGAAUUGUAAAGCCAUGUCCCUUCAAGGAAAACUUGAGAGUGAAAUAGAAAUAAACACACCUCCCCACAGAUUUUACAAACUCUUCAAAGAAGAAAUUUUCGAAAUUCCAAAAGCUUGUCCAAAGUUAGUCCAAAAAAUUAACAUUCAUGGUGGGGAUUGGAGCAAACAUGGUCACGGUUCCAUCAAGACUUGGUAUUACACUAUAGACGAAAAAGCUGAAGUUUUCAAGGAACGAGUGGAACUCGAUGACAAGAACCUAGUGAUCAAAUUAAUUGGAUUGGAAGGAGACUUGUUUGAGCAUUAUAAAACCUUCAAUGAGACAUAUAAAGUUGUGAAAAAGGGACCUGGUCAGUGUGCGAUAAUUCUUACCUUAGACUAUGAGAAACUGCACGAUGGUCCUCCGUACCCUCAAAAGUACUAUGAUGCUAUGAUUAAGCUUGUCAAGAGCGUCGAAUCACAUCUUAAAAAGUAAUGUUUUCUUACGCACCCGCGAGGCUUUAUGAUACAUGAAUAAGUAUGUUAUGCUAGAGUUGAUCCUCUAAGAUUCCGAGGAUUUUGUGAAAAUAAAUAAAUGUUAUAUCUACAUGUAAAAUGGAUGAGAAACUCAUAUAUUAUGCUC